AUGGAGAAGAGUUACGUGUCCAUGUUCCUGCUGCUCAUGGCCAUCUCCUGUGCUCUGGCAAAGGAUGUGGGCAAGAAAGACACAAAGGACACUACUGCUAAACCCAAACUGCCUCAGACACUCUCCAGAGGUAAAAACAAAACCAAACAAACCACCAAAAGCUUUUUUUAAAAAAAAAAAAAAAAAAGGGACUCCUCUUUUUCCAGCAACAAGCCCCUGAUAAUCAUCCACCACCUGGAGGAGUGCCCGCACAGCCAAGCCCUCAAGAAGGCCUUUGCUGAACAUAAAGAGAUACAGAAAUUGGCUGAAAAAUUCAUUCUCCUGAACCUAGUGUAUGAAACCACAGACAAAAAUCUGUCACCUGAUGGCCAGUAUGUCCCUCGGAUAUUAUUCAUAGAUCCUUCCCUGACUGUGAGAGCAGAUAUUACUGGAAGAUACUCAAACCGUCUCUAUGCGUAUGAGCCCUCUGACAUUUCACUGCUGUAUUCAAAUAUGCAGAAAGCACUGAAGCUCCUGAAGACUGAACUGUAAGGGAAAAGAAGGAAGCCCUUAAAUACUAUGAAGUCUGAUCUUACAUCUCUUCUCUACUCACUGAAACUGGUGAAGAGACUAUUUAGUUAUAUUUAGUGAUGUGUAGUGCUGGUUUAUAUAUAUAAGCACUACAGUUUUACGUUAGCACUUUUGUACUGGGAAGCAUUUUUAAAAGCUGGAGGCUUUUAACUUAAGGCGUACAGAAAAAUACUGUAUGAUUCAACUGUAAAAAUGAUAUUUUAAAAAAUAAAUCCAUGUCAAGUGUUUACAU